UUGUUUAGGCAAGGAAACACAGGCAAUACAGAGAGCACACCUCAAAUUUAAUUAACUAGCAUAUUAGACUAUUUCCACUUAUUAUUUUGCGAUUUUCGACAACUUGGACAUCAAAAUGCACGGAUCACCAGUUUCUCAGGCCGAUCCGCGGAGACCGGAUAAAAUAGUCAGGUACAAAGCGCCCGCACCCCUGUCGCAGGCUUCUGGAGCAGCCCCAGGAGAAGAUCUCACCCCCGACUACAUGAACAUUCUUGGAAUGAUAUUUAGCAUGUGCGGGUUAAUGAUGAGGCUAAAAUGGUGCGCCUGGGUGGCUCUGUAUUGCUCGUGCAUCAGCUUUGCCAACUCGAAGGUCAACGACGAUACAAAGCAGAUCCUCUCCAGUUUUAUGCUGUCCAUAUCCUCUGUGGUCAUGUCCUAUCUGCAGAACCCCACUCCAAUGAGUUUGCCUUGGGCCACGACAUAACCACAAGGGCAAAAUUCGAGGCCAAUUUGUGUGUACAUAAUUAUGCGAAUGUUUGUGAAGAAAAAAGGAACUGCAGUCACUUUUCGAACUGGACAGAAUAUCCACCAGCCUCAUUUGGAGUCAGUUUAAAAUUGUUUGUGGACAAGUUGAAUGGACGAAGAAUCAUGUCACCCAAACCCUUCAGUUUGUCUGAAAAUCAAAAUUUUGUUACAAUAAACUUCAAGACCAAACAGUACUAGAA